AUGGCGCUCCUUCUUUUCUUUCACCUGCUGGCAGUGUUGACCUUGGUUGCUGGAAAACCAAUUUUGAUCCCCAGGCUGGCCCAGGAGGCGGCAUCGCUGGACGAUGCCGCGCAGACGCUCUUUGAUGUGACUCUUGAGUCUCUUGGAAAUACAACAGUCAAGGCGCAGAUCACCAAUGUAGCCACCGAGGGGUUCCGCCUCGUUCAGCGUGGCGGGAUCCUGGACCACGUUCCCACGAAAAAAGUCAUUGUCAAGGGUGGUGACACCGACCCGGUCUUCACAGGCGUCCGCGUGGAGUACAUCCUCUCACACCUCACCGCUGACGGCUUCGUAACCAUAACCCCUGGCCAAACCAUCUCGUCAAUCUUCGACGUCGCCGACCUCUACGCCCUUGCCCCCGGAACAGAGUAUACAGCGAUCGCCGACGGCGCCCUCGAGUACACGACCCUCACCGACAAAACCCACUUUCUCAACGUCGACUACCUCUCCAACAGCAUAACAUUCACCGCGCCCGAAAACGUCAAAUCCCGCCUCGAAGACCGCUCCACCCUCGUCUGCUCAGACGAAUACAACAGCAUCGUGCAAGCCGCCAUCUCCCGUGCCGCCGAAAUGGCCACCGCCGCAGCGGCAGACGCCCGCUCAGGCACAACAGGCCUCUUCGAGAAAUUCUUCAAAUCAACCUCGCAAUCCGACCGCGACGAAGUCGCCGGCCGCCUCGAGGCCAUCGCCCUCGAAGCAACAACAACAGGCAAACUCACCUACUACUGUGAGCCGCAGGACAUGGACUACUGCGCGGCAAACGUGGCCGCAAUGAUGUAUCCGAGCCUAGACCGCGUGGUGAAUUGCCCCGGGUAUUACUCCAGCACCAAGGUGUCGAAUUACUGUGGGUAUCUGGACCAGGCGGGGAUUACGUUGCAUGAGUAUGCGCAUGCGGAGUCGCUGUAUCCGCCCGGCACUGAGGAUAUCGUUUAUGGGUAUGAAGGGGUUCUGAGUUUGAGUACCGAGCGCGCCAAGAAUAAUGCGGAUUCGUUUGCUUAUUAUGCUUCUGCCGUCUACCUCCAAUGCGCCGUCGACGACUCGGUAACAAUCGGGACACCCCUCGACAUCGACACCGAGACCGCGACUAGCGCUGACGACUCUGACGAAACAGACCCAGCCCCGACAUCCACAACAACCCUAACAACAACACACACCGAACACGCGACCUCAACCGCCACGGAAACCGCUACUGUCACUGCAACCAGCACCGAGACACAGUCUCCAACUGAGCCUACUGGCGGGUACGGAGAGGGACCCUGGGGCGCCGGUGGUGGAUUUGGCUGGGAUGAUUGGGGCCACACCGACGACGAUACGAACUCCAAUACCGAGACCGAGACGGAACAUCCAACCGGUACAUGGCCCGACACAAACUCCGGCUCCGGCUCCGGCUCCGGCACCGGGACAUGGCCCGGCUCCGGGUGGGGCUGGGCGACGCCCGGGGUGACUACAACUUCGACGGCGGUGAUUGGGACGGCUACGCCCGUUAUGACGGAGACGGGGACGAGUCUGUUCAAUCUGCAGGAUCUGUUGGAUUGGUUGGCUGCGAAGUUUACUGCGCAGUCGCAGGCGCAGGUGCAGCAGAGCUCGAAGUAGCAUUCUGAUUCGAGAUGGGCUCGAGGUUGCAUCCUGGGUGUGUGACCUUUGAGCGCCGACUAGUGGGGUUAUGAUUUUGUAGAGGCGACGUGUACAGAGACUUGGUCGAGGUAGUUUGUUCUGUACUAGUUAUAGCACGGAAGUUUUGACCUAAAAGAUGGUUUCGUCUAUCAACUUGUUGUUGGCAGCUGACUUGUCCGCUAACACGAAUCAAACUGACACGAAUCAAAGCCCCAUCUAUUCCCAGUUCUAGCAUUCGAACCCCGUAACCCAGCCAUCUAUGACACAGAACGUAAUGUAGAACAUCGAUCUUGAAGAUCACAACAAGACGG